AUGAAUAACCUAGACAGUACACCAACAAUUGGACCAGAAAUCCUACUCUGUGCCAUUUUGGAGAACCAAUUCUCUACGAUGGAAGAUCUGCAGCUGAGGGUGGGUUCGGAGCACUUCCUUCAACUUACGCGUGAAAGUAUGGCAGCAUCUGGAGUUCGUGCCAUGGAACAAGACCGCCGGUUUUAAUUACUCCAGUCGAAUAGCAGUUUUCAGCUCGCCAAUCAACUUCUGAG